AUGGCUCCGCAGUCAAAUGACAACAAAAUGCUGUUCCACAAGGACGAGAAGGCACUCUGCUUCCACGGAGAGAUGUUGUAUGACGCCAAAAUCACAGACGUAGAGAGAACUGAUCCCAAAGACACCAAAUCCCCCUUCCAUUACAAGGUCCACUACAAAGGCUGGAAGACUUCCUGGGACGAUUGGGUGACCCAAGAUCGGCUUAAAAAAAUCACAGAGGAAAACCGAGAGCUGCAAGCAACACUGCGUCACCAAGCUUUGCUCAAGGCCAAUCCCAAAAUGGCGAGCAAGAUGCGUCGAGGGCAAGACUCAGAGAUUGGAUCUGGCAGAGGAUCAGAGGAGCGCACGUCUUCUGUCCCUGCUGCCGGCGGUAGGGGAUCCAAGCGUGCGAGAGAUAACGAUCUGGAAAAGGAAGACGCAUUUUACACCCGUCCAUCCAUUCGCAUCAACGUCCCCGAUCACUUGAAGAAUCUCCUUGUCGACGAUUGGGAGAACGUUACGAAAUCACUGCUUCUCGUCCCCCUGCCGAGUCAAGCUCCAGCAAACUACAUCAUUGACGAAUACUUCAACCAAGAAAAGAUGAAUCGCCGCUUGUGUUCGCCCGACGCGGACAUUCUGGAGGAGUUCUGUGCCGGAUUGAAGAUGUACUUUGAGAAAGCGGUUGGUAAGAUCUUAUUGUAUCGAUUCGAGAGAAGUCAACUAGCAGAGGUACGGAAGCUCUGGGAGUCCGGUCGUCACAAGGAAUGGGAGGGCAAGGGCCCUGGUGACUGCUACGGCGCCGAACAUCUCACACGCAUGAUUGUCAACCUGCCGGAGAUGAUUGCCCAGACGAAUAUGGAUGCCGAGGCCGUCGCUCGCUUGAAAACCGAACUCAGCAAGUUCAGCCUCUGGCUGUCGAGGAAUAGCACGAAAUAUUUCUGUGCGAAAUACGAGAAACCAAGUGCGGAAUACAUCGAGCAAGCCCGAUAG